GCGGAACCGAAGCGCCGCGGGGCAGCGUUUCCCGCCGGGGCAGCUCCGCGGGCGGCCCAGCCCUUUCCUCUUUGGAGGCUGCCGGAGGGAGGGCGCGGGGAGAGGCCGCGGGGCUGCCGCCAUGCCGCAGAACGAGUACAUCGAGCUGCACCGCAAGCGCUAUGGGUACCGCCUGGACUACCACGAGAGGAGGAGGAAGAAGGAGGGCCGGGAGGCUCACGAGCGGUCCCGGAAAGCCAAGAAGAUGAUCGGGCUGAAGGCCAAGCUCUACCACAAGCAGAGGCAUGCUGAGAAGAUACAGAUGAAGAAGACCAUUAAAAUGCAUGAAAAGAGAAAUACAAAGAAAAAUAAUGAUGAAAAAACACCUAAAGGAGCUGUACCAGCAUACCUGCUGGACCGUGAGGGCCAGUCCCGGGCUAAGGUUCUCUCUAACAUGAUCAAGCAGAAAAGAAAAGAAAAAGCUGGAAAAUGGGAGGUUCCUGUGCCCAAGGUCCGUGCACAAGGAGAAACAGAAGUUUUAAAAGUGAUCCGUACAGGAAAGAGAAAGAAGAAGGCCUGGAAGAGAAUGGUUACAAAAGUUUGUUUUGUUGGAGAUGGCUUUACUAGGAAGCCUCCAAAAUAUGAGCGAUUCAUUCGACCAAUGGGCUUACGUUUCAAGAAGGCACAUGUGACACAUCCUGAACUGAAAGCUACUUUUUGCCUACCUAUCCUUGGUGUAAAAAAGAACCCUUCUUCUCCUUUGUACACCACACUGGGUGUAAUCACCAAGGGUACCGUCAUUGAGGUGAACGUGAGCGAGCUUGGCCUCGUGACACAAGGGGGCAAAGUUAUCUGGGGGAAAUAUGCACAAGUGACAAACAAUCCAGAAAACGAUGGCUGUAUUAAUGCAGUUCUACUUGUUUAAGUUGUGUUUGAUACCAAGUGUUGGACAUGGGCUCCUGCAAAAUCAGUGGAGUUUCAACAAAGUUUGCAUGAUCUCUGGGAUCUUUGACCAUGCAAGAACAUUCACCCCACCAGCUGGUGAGGAACUUAAACAUGCCAGAAACAACUGCUUGGGUUUUUAUAUUUGUUUGCUCGGGCGAAACACUGUUCAAAUAAAGUGAUUCAGUUUUCA